UAAAGCUUUUAUGUUUGCUUCCUUAGAAAACAUAUAACCUGUCGGAAAUGAGGAUUAUAAUUCUUUUUUCACCAGGGGAGAUGACAUGUUUGAGCGGUCCUUUUUGUGCGUUUUAAUUGGAUGCCAAUCUGAGAUCCACUGAUCGGCGGAUCUGGUUUGGAAACCUUUCAUCUUUAUUUAGUAACACGUAUUUCGUGAACAGUCGGACAAUACUGCCUGUUGCAAGAAUAAAAGGAUUGAUGCCAAUAUUUAUCAAACACAGCUGUUUCUUAGCGGAGUCUUAAUGUCUUCUUCAUAGAGAAAGCUUAAAGUUUCCAUUUAUUUUAGAUUUUUGCUUACAAUUAAAACUAUAAAAAGGGAUUACUUAUCCUUUUCGAUCUAUAAUUCACAGAGCGGAGUUAUAUCGAAACAAAACGAAAGGGGAUUAGUUUGCCAAUAGCGAUGUUUUUUCUUGGAAAAUUUUCCUGGCAGACUUAUUUGUCGAAAACUGAUUCUCGCAAGGCAGCUGAACCAACACGACGAGUUUCCUUUUUAAUACCAAUGUAUUAAUUUAGCAUUUUCAAUUUCAAGGAACAUUUGCACAAUAAUAUCUUGAUAGAGUGUGGUGGCUACUCAUUAAGGAGUUGUUAUCUCUACGUAACAGAUCGUAAUCAUUGUGAUUUUCUGAAAAGCGGCAAACAUAACGCACGUACUAGAAAUUGAUUGUUUAAAACUAUGGUUGAUCUUGGGUUAUGCGGUCUUGCUUUAAGCGUGUUUUUAUUCAUCACUCCUUCAGCCAUUUACUUGACUUAUGGUUUCAAGUGUUUCGGGAGAAAAGAACAAUCGCAAUUUUGUUGGAACGUGACUGAAGAAACGGCUGUCGUGCUGACAGCGUUUGGCUUUAUUUUUCUCCUUUUUGGAGCAAUAACCUGCGUUUUCUCCUUGGUAGUCUGGCGAUCAACUAAAAAAUCUGGCGAGUCCGGAGAAAAUGAGAUCAAAGACAAUUCGUCUGACUUUGUGUAAGUGGAAGCAGAACCGAAAAGGAACAAGAAUCUAGCUGUCGAGGUAAUAUGAAGAAGCAAACAACAAUAAGUGCAUUUGAAUUAAAACUCCGGUGCGGCCGCUCUGUGCGCGAAGCAUAGAAAGCCUAAAUAUAAAAACGAUCUGUAAUGGCAGCCUUUCGGUCUCCAGCUAAUGGACAAACAAUAACUAAGAGAGCAAAGCAGCACAGCUGUUGAUCUACAGACGUUACACUGAGUUGUGACUGAGACAUGGAUGCCCUUCAACUUGGAUUUGUAGAUUUUAAAAUGAGCGCCCGCGCGCGCUCUCCAGGAUCGAGCUAAAACGGUAACUUCACCAAGAUAUUACAGAGGCACUGAGCAGUGAAUGACCAGAUGUCUGUAACGGGCUCGCUGAAAAAAAAAAUGCAGAAUUAGAUAGUUUAGAUUUUGCCGCAGUAAACUUAGAUUUUUUUUUUUUCGAAGAUUCAGGCAAGCGAUACCUCCGUUAUUAGUGCAUUGAUUACUUUAAAACUAAUCCCAAUUUUUCGCAAAGUCGAGAAAAAAAGGGGGAUUAAUAACAUUUUUUCUCAGUACGCUCGUUUGAAUGUCCUUAAUUUACCAUUAUAUUAAAAGGCUCCCUCGCAGAUAUUGAGCAUACGGAUGCUUACAUUUUACACUCAAUAAAUUUUAUUUUAAUUCCAUUUGCCAUUGAAUGUUGGCGGCGUCGAGUAUUGAAAACCUGGGCACGAAAGUCAAGAUGGCGGCUCGGCGAUCGAACAUGUAUGCCGACCGAAUUCAGUUUAUUCAACAAAGAGGACAGAAAAAAGAGACAAACUGUCGUCUAUUGGAUUCCAUGAAGUAAUACAGUUAAGUCUGAAUAAAGUGUUUUUGGCUGUGGCAGAAGAAUUGAAAGAGAGAAAUGUUUGCAGGCUGUCAAAAUUUGGUGAAUGGCAAAAGAUUUUUCCGCAACAGAUUAGUACAAGGUAAACGAUUGGUUCAGCUCUUUGACGUCAAAACUGGACGUCUUUUAUGGCAAGAAUCAUUUCAUUAAGUUCUGCUUACCAAGUGAGCUUGUUACGUAGGAGUUGUUAUGGCAACCAAAAACGUCAAAAUCAACUCAUUUUCUUGGCUUCACAUUUGUUUGAGGAGCUGUGACAGCUAAACAUAGGCACAAGUCAAGGUUUUUUCUUAACAUAACGAUUUCAUCUUUAGAGAAUUAGCUCACAACCAAGUUGAAAUAGCCAAUUUAUGUUAAUAUUCUCUUUCAAAGGGCACUCAUUAUUAACGGUCUAUUAUAUACUGAUAUUGCAAUUACGUGGCGUUGUCAUCGUACCACACACGACGCGAUCUUUAUUUCCUUCGGUUAAAUCUUUACAGAACGACAAAAGCUAAACUAGAAAACUAAAUUAAACGGAAGAGAAGGAUUAGGUGUAAUCUUGCGGGCACCCACAACAAUUUCCAGUAAAUGAAGAAUAAAUUAUAUAACGCUAAGUCACUCCUCUAAAAUUGCUAGACCCCACAAGGGACCAUUUAACAACGUGGUGAAAAAUGGUUGUCAAACAAAGUCUUGAGUGACUUAAAUGCAUUAAUUGGAAUUGAAAGCAACUACUCGAUUACUUCUUACCUGACGAAAGCGAUGUACAAUAACUAAUAAGCUAAUAAUGUAAAUUUCUCCAAAAUAAACUAACAAAGUGCUUCAGAGUUCCUGCCUGAGGCUAGAGCUAGCGAAAAAUUUUGAUCUGAACGUAUUGUAUUCAGAUUACAAGUCGAUAAUGCGUAAGUUGUUUUAGAAAGUUUGACGUUAUUAAGUCAUAAAGCAAAACCGAGUUAAGCCCCGUUAAUCCGUACUUUGCCGUAAAUACGAUUAAUUAUGCUUUGCAAAAGGGAUUAUUAAAAACGCUUUGUGUGCUGGUAUUUUGACAUUUCUCACUAGAUAACAGAAAAUGACACAUGCAAACAAAUGCACAGGCAUGUUUGAAUUUAGUGUCUACUGAUAACGUCACGAAGUUCAGUUAUGUUAAUUUCUAUUGACUACAGAAAGGUGUCAGUGUUCACUGUAAUCCCAAGAAAAAGGUGUCAGGAUCCCGUUAUGAAGUGUUAUAUACGUAUAAAAGUACUUGAGGUGAUAUUAAAAACACUCACAGAGCCCUUGAUGCAGUAGCCAAAAAUUGGCAAAUACAAGAAAAGAUUGGACAAUGAAGCAGAGUUUUAUCACCAUUUGCGUCACGCUUUUCUUGUUUGCCAAACUCACCAAAGCGACAAACGUGACCAAUUCAACAAAUACAAGCAUCUCUACAAACAGCAGCAGCAAUGCAACACAAGUACAGCUCACAACAUUGUACAUUGGAGCGUUUUUUGACCUCAGCAAGAAAGAUGGAUACGGUAGCCUUCCGAUGGCGCAACAGGCCAUCGAGGAAAUCAACAUCAACACAAGUCUGUUGCCAGGAUACAAACUGGAGUUGGUGGUCAAGUCAACUCAAGGCAGUCUUGGAAUUGGGCAACAAGUAUUCAACGAAUUUCUAAACACCGGAGAGAGAAAAAUCAUGCUGCUGGGACCAGCCGAAAAUUCGUUAGCCAAGUCAAUAGCUGCCUACUCCGGAAUACCCGAUGUUAAUCUCUUGCAGUUCUCUUACGGAACAAAUGAUCUGGAGCUUGCGAGCAGAAGAGACUUAUAUCCUAAUUUUUUUCGGACAACAACAUCUCUGGCUUCACUUGAUGAACCAAGAAUACAAUUUGUCAAGGAAUACGGAUGGGAUGAAGUGGGAAUAAUCUACGGAGACAGCCUGCAAUAUUUGCAACUAUCCAACCAACUAGCAGACAGAUUGAGGAAAAAGAACAUCAAAGUCUUAGCAGAAGUGCGACUACAGAACAAUGACCCAAAGCGGGCUAUCAGGACAUUGAAGGACAAGGGGAUACACGUUAUUCUUGGAAUGUUUCCACGUAAUUCCGUCGCACGGAAAAUGAUUUGCGAGGCUUACCGAGAGAAGAUGUACGGUCCGCAUUACGUCUGGAUAUUCCUUAACAGCAAAAACCGGUGGUGGAUACCCGGAGCAAGGGAAAACAGCGCAUGCUCUGAUAUUGAAAUGAAAUGCCAAAUACAAAACCACUUUUCUGUUUUUCACAGCAACCUGAUCACUUCCGCAGGACACUCUUUUAGCUACAAUAAUAAGAGUAGAUCGCAGAUAAUCCAGGAAUAUCGAGCCAGAGUGGACACGUUUAACGACACAUCAAACAGAAGUAGUAGUUAUUUAAAUGUUUACGAUGCCGUUUGGUCGAUAGCCUUCGUGUUGGAUAACUCAAGAAUUGAGCUCGAGAAACAAGGAAAAAUACUGGAGAAUUUGACAUACGGAGAUGCUAAUGCAACAGAUGUGUUCAGAAGGGAGGCACAAAAACUGGACUUCAAAUCGCCAAAUGUCGGGGUAAGAGAAGCACCAAGUUUGUUGUUGUUGUUGUUGUUUUCCUCUUCUUCUUCUUUUUCUUCUUCUUCUUCUUCUUCUUCUUCUUCUUCUUCUUCUUCUUCUGCUGCUGCUGCUGCUGCUGCUGCUGCUGUUGCUGCUGCUGUUGCUACUCCCUCUUUUUGGCUUCAUCCCCUCUUCUUUCGUCUUUGUUAUUUCUUCGUCGUCUUCAAGUGGUCUGCCUCCUGCAACUUAUUCCUUAUUAUCUCAUUUUAUUUAUUACAUUAUUUAAUUUUUCCUCAGAUCGUCCGUUUGAGCUGCAGAAGGAAACGAAUCAAAACCGUAGGAAAUGCUGACUCCUCCGAAAUUACCACAACAUGCGCCUGCGGUGCAACCUGUGCCAAGUUCUGCUCAUGUUGUGCAUGCUCAUCGGCUUGCUGUAUUGCCUGUUGGUCGUGUUUUCCGUGCUGUAACUUGUUUACUUGCCUCCGGUCGUUUUUCUGCGGGUCCCAGGUUCACCCGGCCCCAAGUAGCGGAAGGGAGACCAAGUCUGACUUCUACAUUGGAGGUAUUCUUCAAGACAAAGAUGCAGAGAUAGUCUACCUGAAAAAUGAACUGAAUCAGAAAGACACCAUGCUUAGCAAUCUAGGGCAGAAGCGCACACUCAAAAGUAACUCAACACAGACGGUCGAUGACGGAAAUAACUACUGGGAACUCGAAGAUGGAGAGAGCACGUUUGAUGCAAGCGCAAGCGGAAGUGACGGAGAGAGUCUAACGAGCUCCGACGGCAAGCGACGCUUCCGGCGUGCGGCUAAUAAAGUCAGAAUCUUUAGUGAAAGUGUCGAUUACUCACAUGUGAGAAGCAAGGUAAAUACAGGAAUAAGAAGAUCAUCUCUCUCUCCCAGCCCUCAACCCAGACGGAACUCACGGAUGUCUAUUUCUUCGCUUUCGAACGAAGAACUGCGCAAGCUCAGAGCAACACUCGCGGAGAAAGAUGACGAAAUAGCAAGGCUACGUAAAGAGCUUGACGCACGUAAGCCACGUGGGCUUGUUGUAAAUACACAGAAAAAUUCUGCAUUGGAACAGGAAGCGUUGAAAACCUCUCCCAGAUCGCAAAAGAUUCUCUUGAUUGAAACGCCAGCCACGCCCCUUCCAGAUGAAAAGACUGAGUUAUCUACUUUCUCCUUUCCCCCUCCGGUGUCUCCCAGUCCCUCCAAACCAAAUGCAAAGGCAAAGGACACGUCCUCUGGCGAUGGAAUGGAAACUACAUCCGGGAAACCUGCAGAUGUGACACAGACGCAGGAUAGAAGCAAAAAGAAAAACUCCGUUGGACCUAACGGAUCGUGGUUGUUUGAUGAUCAUUCAGAAACGUCUAAAAACGAAAGCAAACCGAACAAAAAGGCCUCAGUAGGGGCUACUGGGUCCGGGAGGCUGGAUGACAACAAAGAAAAAAAUGGUGAAGGCAACAAAACAACAAGCAUUAAAAAUAACACAGAGGACAGCCGGAGAGCUUCUUUAACAAACGUGACAGUGUCCGUUCAACAAGAAAAUACAUCUGCCCCUAAGAAAACAGAAACAAAAGGGGAUAGCGAAGGUAAAAAAGACGCUCUCGGAAAAGUUUCAAGUUGGCUUCUCAGGAAUGGCAACAAUAAAGAUGACAACAAGAACAGUGGGUUACGAGAAGAUGAGAACGGGAGAAAGACGGAUGGCAAAGACAAUGAGCGUGGUGAAGAUAUGAGUAAUAACAACGGAGAAAUCAGAUCAGACAACAGAACUGUGAACCACGAAUCAACAAAGAGCGAGAACACGACUAAAGAGAUCAAAGGUCUAGAAAACGACGCACCCAAGGGCGGAGCUGGGAACGCGGUUGGGAAGAAAGAUAAUGAAAGAAACAUUGAGAUGAUUGACGAAGAAGACGAAGACAAUGUUGACGAUGAUGACGAUGACGAUGGGGAGGAAGAUGAAGGCGAUGGAGACGAAGACGACGGUAAAGAAGAUAAAACCAACGGUGCAAGGAAGAACAAAGGAAGGAGGCGCAAAAAGAUAGGAUCGUAUGGCAAAUUAAAAUGGAAUGCCGCGUCCAAAAUCGACACUGGCUCAGGUAGUUACGCGCGUAAGAAAAGCGUUAAAAAGAUUCCUAACUUCAAAAACGACUACUCUCACGUCCGGUCACGGCUGUCCUCAGUUAGUGAAGCAAACACCGUGAAGGACAAAACAACGGAAAAUCCAUCACCCGAACGACGGGGGAGCGUGUCAAUCAACAACAACCCGCGACCUGACUAUUCCAAUGUUAGACCGCGGUUAUACAACGGGGGAAGAGGAUAUAACAGCGAGAUGCCGAGCACAGUGUCAAAGACAUAGCAAUUUUAAACACAGAGCGAGGUCUGUAGGAUGAAAACAAACUUAAGUCUUAUCUUGUGGUCUACUUAAGUAACAGAGAGUUUACGUAUAAUGGCUCUCAGUUUUACACAAAGAGCAGUUUUCAAUUGAGUGUCGGAAAACCAGUAAUCACUCUAGCCAAUCACAAAG